UUCUCAGUCUCUCAGCUUGUCCCUUUCUCAGAUACAUAUAUUUUGACACACACGCUCACUCUCUCUCUCUCUCUCUCUCUCUCUAGCUUUGCUUUUAUAAAAGUCGAAUUUUCACUGUAAAGUAAAAUUUUGGAUUCGUUUUUGAUAUAACCCACAUGUUUUCUUUAUUCCUUUUUGUCUAUGUAUGUAUAUAUAUACACAUAUAUCCAUGGUUGAAACUGUUUUCGUUUCUGGGUUUUUGAUUUGUUUGGCUGUUUGUUUGACUCUGAAACUUUUAAGAUUUCCCACUUCAAAAUUGGUGAUUUCUUCUAGCGUUGACAUGUUUUUUUUAAAGUAUUUUUUAUUUCAAUUUUAGCAGAUUUCAGCUUUCUGUAUAUAUAUAUAUAUGCUUUGGGGUUUAGUAGCUAAAAUUCGAGCUUGGACUGUUGAAUUUGGUUUUUAAUCUUUGAUCAUUUUGUGAUUAAUUCUUUCAAUUUUGAAUGAUGACCCUCGGAUUGUGACUCGGUUGAUGCUGCCAUUUCAUUGGUUGUGGAUGUCAAUUGGAGUUGGUUUGAAUGCCCUACUACAAGUAGCAAAUUCAACCCCCCUUUUGUUGGGUAUUUCUUGUUGACUUGUGGUUUGAUUGCAACAUUUCCUCUUUCUUUGUUUGACUCAUAGUGGUUAUUGGUUUUCAAAGUUGUGCAACAGCUCACAUGUUCAGUUAUUUUGAUGUUGAAGCCUAUUUUGUUGCUUUGUGUGAUUAGAGUGUUUUGUAGAAGUAGUAUUUUGAGAUUUUAGUUUAAGAUUUUGUGGGUAAUUGGUAGUACUUGUGGUGGAAUAGAGAUGGAGAAAGAUGGAGGAGAGGACUGGAGGGAGAUGGUGAGAAAGAUGCUCCCCCCGGGUGUCCCCUCCAGGAAGAUGAGUCUCACCUUGAUUACUCAAUAGCAAUAGAGUAUAAUGGACCCCCGGUUUCGUACGAGCUUCCUAGAUUUGAACCUGUUGAUGUAAAUUCAACUAUGAUUCCAACUGCGUCAAUGGCAGAACUGCCCUCAGAAUCAUGAAAAUCAGUGACCCGUGAUGUCGCCCCUGUAAUUGCACCAAUCCCUUUGCCAGUGUCUUGUUUUUCUGGUGUCACAAGUCCUCCUAUUCAAAGUCCAAGAGUAUCUACAAGUUCAGAGUCUGUAGUGUCUGUCUUGCUGAACCCUGAUUUUUCUUCUGCUUCCCUUUCGGCAUCUCCGGGUUCUGUUCACAAUCCUCCAAAUAAUGCUUCUAAACAGUUAGUUAAUGAAGUAAGGAGAGCCCCGGUUGUCACUUUCAAUACUUUGGAUAGAUCAGAAAGAAAAGACCAUGUGGAGAAACAAGUUUUUCCUGAAUAUGUUGGGGUUUCCCGGGAAAAGAAGAAGAAAAAGAAAAGAAGAAUCUGUUAUAGGUGUGGAAAAGGGAAGUGGGAAACAAAGGAGUCAUGGCUUGUUUGUGAUGCAAAGUAUUGCAGCAAUUGUGUGCUUAGGGCUAUGGGUUCUAUGCCAGAAGGACGUAAAUGUGUUACUUGCAUUGGUGAGCCAAUUGAUGAAUCAAAGCGGUCCAAACUUGCUAAACAUUCAAGGUUUGCUCAGUCCUUUAGAAGUCAAGCAAAUGAAGAAAGCAGAGAAAGAAUGUGCUGCUAAUCAGCUUCGACCAGAGCAGCUGAUUGUAAAUGGGCUCCCUCUGAAGCCAGAUGAGAUGGCCGAAUUACUUGGAUGCUCUUUACCACCACAGAAAUUGAAGCCCGGUAGAUGUUGGUAUGACAAAGAAUCUGGUCUCUGGGGAAAGCUAGCAAAUGUGCAGUGUCCACGUGACACUCAUUUUUGGGUGUGUGAUGAUGGUCAUUAUGAGGAGGAAGGUCAGAACAAUAUCAGGGGAAACAUUUGGGAGAAGGCUUCAACACGGCUCGUUUGCAUGUUGUUCUCUUUGCCUGUACCCCGUGGUCAGCCUUAUAGUAAUCGAAAAAGGGAUGAGCCUAGCAAUUAUACUACCGUUUCAAAUUAUUUAGAGCAAAAAAAAAAAAAAAUACAUAAACUUCUUCUACUUGGCCUUCAGAGCUCUGAAACCAGCACUGUUUUCAAGCAGGUACUGCUAUUUUGUGUGUACUUCCAAUGGGCUGUGGUUGUAGUAUAUUGCAGGCAGUGCAGGUGGAUUUUAUAUGUGAAUUGGUCAGAGGAAAUGUUUAUCCUAUAGAUAAAUUUAAGCUCUGCUUUGCUCUCUAUCCAUAUUCUCCUUGUAGGACUGUGUGUUCUUGUGUCCACUUGUGUGCUCUCAAUGUGUUUUUAAUGUACCCAUGAUAGUUUGAUGUGCCUUUGUAUGACAGUUUUCUUAUUUGAAAAUAUGCAGUGGACAUGGAAGAUAAUAAUGAACUAUGAUGGUGGACCAA